UCCGGCUUGUUCUCAACGUCCAUCUGCCCGGGCAUCCCCUCAAAAAAUCGCGUAUAGCUCUGCAUUGUUGUCCCCCGAAGCCCUGUGAUCGCUGUCUUACCCUAAUUCCUGUGUAUUGUCUCAAUCUGUACAAGCGCCAUCCUGUGUAUCAUAACCUGCAUAACAAGACCUUUGACCAUUCGCAAGUCCCAGCUAGCUUAAGCGCCCAGCAUCCCCACCAUGCCUUCAGACGACUUCGAUAUAUAUGGGGAGGACAUCAGUUACAGCGUCCACCAGCCCGAGAACAACGACGUGGACCAGUUCGCGAUGAAGGAAGAGCAGCAAGUGCAAUCGGUCGUCAAUGACACGCCCCCCAAGACGGGCGAGAAGCGGCCUCGCGAGGACGAAAGCGCCGCAAACAACCAGCCCGACGAGCAGCAAUCUGUCAAGCGCGAACAGACCCCCCAGCAGAUCCCCAGCGGCGUCCAGACGUCGAAUACCCCCAGCCAGAUCCCCGGCAUGGGCAAUAAUUCAGGAGGGGGCAUGAACGAUGCGCUCUACAUCGGAGACCUACAAUGGUGGACGACGGACGAGGACCUGCGCCAGGUCGCGCUCAACGUUGGUGUGAACAUUGACCACAAGUACAUCACCUUCUCGGAGCACAAGGUCAACGGGAAGAGCAAAGGGAUCGCAUACAUCGAGUGUGGAAGCCACGAGAACGCUGCAGCUAUCAAGAACUGGUUCGACAACAACGACUUCCAGAACCGGCGCGCCAAUGCGUCCUUCACCUCUUCUGCGCAAGGCAACCCAUUCCGCACCCUUCCCAAAGAGCCUCCCCCGCGCGAGCUCCGCCAAGGCGGCGUUCGUGGCAACUUCCGCGGCGGCAACAUGGGUGGCGCGAACAUGCGCGGCAACAUGAUGCGCGGCGGCAUGGUCGCGCCCAACAUGCCUCCCGUCGGCGGGAUGGCGCCCAUGGGCAUGCCCCCCAUGAACAUGAUGGCCAACAUGAUGGGCAUGGCGAACAUGAUGGGCAUGGGCGGCGGGUUUAACGGGCGCGGGGGCAUGGGCGGGCGCGGCGGCGGCAUGAUGGGUCGCGGGGGCAUGAUGGGCGGCGGCAUGGGUGGUGCUAUGGGCCGGGGCGGCUUUGGCAUGCAGGGGCACUUCAAUCCGGCGUUCAUGGGUGGCGCUGCGGCGAACGCAGGGAACAACGCCGACGGGCCGAGGAAACGCUUCAAGAUGGAGCAGUAGGCUAGUGUGCGGCGGGAUAGUAUAUCCACUGGCGUACUGGGCCGUCGACCAGCGGCCAUGUACCUGCGGGGCAAAACCUUUCAAGAUGGACGGGAAGGGACGCGCUGCAGAAUGGAUCAAUAGGAAGGGUCUAGAGGGAAGUAAAAUGAAAGGACAUCUCGUUGCGUUAUCUAUCGUCUAUUCAAUGUUGUUUUCUGUACUUAUUUGCUGUCUCAUGGGGUCCGUACACGGAUUCCAGAAUGAAUCUCGAAGGACACGAACAACUGCGUUUCUCGCCCG